AUGGAACAAAUUGGGGAAGGCGGCGGUGGCGGCCAUCAUCAUGGUCGCUUCCGGCACCGGGGGCAGGAAUACGAUGAGUAUGUGCCUCGAAGGAAGAUACACGGUCAGCGCUGUGUUGACUUUUAUUCCUCCGCCAUUCGGCACGUAACAACGCGUCUGCUGCAUCGCAAUACUCCAUACGGUUGGCAUGUGGAGCCGCACCCGUACUAUUCCAAGGAUAUGCUUCCUGCUGCACAGACUCCGUUCAAUCCGAGUACCGCGUUGUGUACACAGUGGGUAAACACAUCUUUUCACCCGGACUCGCGUUCCGGGCACACACGUGUGCCGCUCAUGAAUCUGAAGUGGGCCCCCAAUGGUCGCCGCCUGUUGUGCUCUACCGGUCGAGGUGAGUUUCUGCUCUUCAACGGGCACUCCUUUGGUCUGGAGGUGAAAACGGUGGCUCACGAAGAUCAUCGGCCAUGUCGGGCGAUAACAUGGGGAAACAGUAGUAACCUAAUCAUAAGUGGCGAUGACGCGGGUAUGGUAAAACUUUGGCUCUCUAAUUUUGUUCUUGUGGCGGUGUAUAAUUCCCACCACCGAACCGUGCGGGAGAUCACCUGGGCGCCACUGGAAGGUAAGUUCUGCACAUGCGGGCAGGAUGGGUCUGCGCGUGUGUGGGAUACGAAUGCGGUGGGUACCAACCCGCAGAAUGUGAGGGAGGAGGUGAAGCUAGAGGGUCACGGUGGGGACGUGGUGUCGGUGGACUGGCACCCCUUCCAUUCACUGAUCCUUACGGGAAGUCAGGAUCGUGAUUGCCGGUUGUGGGACCCACGGACCGCAUCACGUGGAAGCAUAGCCGCCUUGCAGGGCCAUGCGCAGUCGGUGAACUGUGUGCGGUGGAACCCAAGCGGGACAACGCUGCUUUCCGCGUCGAAGGACUGUACUGUAAAGCUCUGGGAUAUCCGCAUGGUGCAAGAAAUUGCCUCCUACGAGGCCCAUUCAAAGUCUGUGGAACGCGUGGAAUGGCAUCCGCAGGUACCAGACCUGUUUGUUAGUGCAGGGGCUGACGGCAACCUCAUGUACUGGCUGGUGGACGCGUACGAAGUCAGCCAGGGGCAGGGUGGGUUUUUGCACAUUAUCCACGAAACAGCCAUGGUGGAAAAUGCCCACGAUCGGUUCCGUGAUGUUGCAAAUCCGGUGAAUGCCAUUGCCUGGGAUCCGUUAGGUGGUCUUCUUGCCUCUUGCUCCAGCGAGGUAAAAUACUGGCAUCGCAACAAGCCCGGGGCGAUGGAGGAGAAGGAGCGUGGUGAGGAGGACGACGUUUUUGACAUGACGGGGCAGCUGUAG